AUGCCAGGGUGGGAUGCCACCGCCACCACGGUGCCAGGGCAGGCACGGGCCCCGCUGCUGCUGAUGCUGUGGAGCUGGCCCUACGGGCAGCACUUCCAGCCACGGAAGUGCUCAGCGCUCCACGGCAUCCCCGACUGCCGCUUCACCACCAACCACAGCUGGUACCCAGUGGCAGACGUCAUCAUCAUGCACCACAAGGACAUCUGCGCUAGCCGCAAGCGGCUGCCGCAGGGCCCACGGGCACCAUCCCAGCACUGGAUCUGGUUCAACCUGGAGUCCCCCAGUCACUCAGCCAACUUGGGCACCAUGGACAACAUCUUCAACCUGACCAUGUCCUACCGGAGGGACUCAGACAUCUUCAGCCCCUACGGGGAGCUGCAGCUCCUCCGCCAGCCACAGCCCUUCAGCAUCCCACCCAAGGCCAAACUGGUGGCGUGGGUGGUCAGCAACUGGCGGGCAGACUCGCGCCGGGUGAAGUACUACCAGCAGCUGAAGCAGCACAUUGCUGUGGACGUCUACGGCCAGCAUCACCAGCCCCUGGCCCAGGACCAGCUCCUGUCCACCGUGGCCCAGUAUAAGUUCUACCUGGCCUUUGAGAACUCGCAGCAUGAAGACUACAUUACCGAGAAGGUCUGGAGGAAUGCCUUGAGUGCUGGCACUGUUCCCGUUGUCCUCGGGCCACCUCGGCACAACUACGAGCGCUUUCUGCCCCCUGAUGCCUUCAUCCAUGUUGACGACUUCCCCAGUGCCCAGGACCUGGCGCAAUACCUCCAGGACCUGAAUGAGGAUGCUGAGAGAUACCAGCGCUACUUCCAGUGGCGGCAAUGGCUGAAGCCUGUGGUCACAGCCGGCUGGGCCACCCACCUCUGUAGAGCCUGUCAGUUCCUGCAGACGAUGGAGUCCCGGUACCAGGUGGUGCCCAACCUAUCUGAGUGGUUUGUGUAG